AUGAUCUGGGCCCCCAGUGGCUCCGAUCCUUACUCUGAUUGGCUGCCCCCAUUCCCAGGUGAGGCCGGCACCCACACAUCAGCGGCCACGCCCGUCACGGCUGUGGUCCCUCCUCCUGGGUCCUGCUCGUCGUCUCCGGUCCAUCGGCUCGGAGCUGCUGGCCUGACCCCGCCCCGGCACAGCCGUGACCAUGUUUCCAAAAUGUGGCAGCUCUUGGCCACCCUCAGCUGCCUGCUGGUGCUGACCAGUGCCCGGAGCAAUGUGCAUUUCCCUCCUCUGUCCGAUGAGCUGGUCAACUUUGUUAACAAGCAAAACACCACUUGGAAGGCCGGACACAACUUCUACAACGUGGACCUGAGCUACGUGAAGAAGCUGUGUGGCACCAUCCUGGGCGGGCCCAAGCUGCCCCAGAGAGAUGCAUUUGCUGCGGAUGUGGUUCUGCCUGAAAGCUUCGAUGCCCGGGAACAGUGGCCAAACUGCCCGACCAUCAAAGAGAUCAGAGACCAGGGAUCCUGUGGCUCCUGCUGGGCGUUUGGGGCUGUGGAAGCCAUUUCUGACCGGAUCUGCAUCCACAGCAAUGGGCGUGUUAACGUGGAGGUGUCUGCUGAGGACAUGCUGACCUGCUGUGGUCUCGAGUGUGGAGAAGGCUGUAACGGCGGCUUCCCCUCUGGAGCCUGGAACUUCUGGACAAAGAAAGGCUUAGUGUCCGGGGGCCUCUAUAACUCCCAUAUAGGCUGCAGACCGUACUCCAUCCCUCCUUGUGAGCACCACGUGAAUGGCUCCCGGCCCCCGUGCACCGGUGAGGGGGACACCCCCAAGUGCAGCAAGACCUGUGAGCCUGGCUACAGCACGUCCUACAAAGAAGACAAGCAUUUUGGAUGCAGUUCCUACAGUGUCUCCAGCAGCGAGAAGGAGAUCAUGGCAGAGAUCUACAAGAAUGGCCCAGUCGAGGGGGCCUUCUCUGUGUACUCGGACUUCCUGCUGUACAAGUCUGGGGUGUACCAGCACGUCACCGGAGAGAUGAUGGGAGGCCACGCCAUCCGCAUUCUGGGCUGGGGAGUGGAGGACGGCACCCCCUACUGGCUGGUCGGCAACUCCUGGAACACUGAUUGGGGUGACAAUGGCUUCUUCAAAAUCCUCAGAGGACAGGACCACUGUGGAAUCGAGUCGGAAAUCGUGGCUGGAAUGCCGUGUACUCAUCGGUACUAG